AUGGACGACCUCCUCAGCGCCUUCGGCGCCCACCCGGGCAUGCAACCCCCCUCGGUCAACCCCACGGUCUUCUUCAUCGCCGACUUUGUGCGCAACACACGUGCGUCCCUGGCCCAGAUCGAAAAGGCAAAGUACGAAGCCGGAGAUGCGCGGGCCCGCCAGCAACUCAAUGAGGUGAUGGGACGCAACGGAUUCGCCAACAUGCUCAUUAGCGAUACGACGGGACAGUUGUCGGCCAUGACGGGGGGUGGUGGACCGGUGGAUUUUGGUGAUGAUAUUCGGACCAAGAUUCAGGCUGUUGUUGCUUAG